AAUGUAGACAAGACACAUGUUUUGUCGCAGUCGCAUGGGCUUGUGACAGCUGACCCUUGCUGGAACCACUAAUUCGCUGCAAACCUCUACCUGCACAAGUCUAAAGAGAUGUAGCACAAUGACGCGUCUGCGUGCCAGCCAUGGCCGUCCGGCUGGGCCCCACAGGCCGGCUGCUGACGGCAGCGGAGGCCUGUUGGACGACCUUCGCUCGGGUACCUUUGCACUCGCGCAGGACGCACCACCCCACCAGAAGGGCAGGGUCGCCGCGUUGGCAGCAGCAGCGGCACCCGGGCAUAGCCUGCCGACUGAGGACUCGGCGCCGCGCUGGGAGAAGGUGCUUUGGAAGCCGCAGCCUUUCCCGGACAACUAUGUCGACCACACAUUUCUGCAGCACCUGGUGGUGAAUGACGCGGUGCCGCGGCGGCGCUACUGGCCGGUGGUGCUGGCGUCCACGGCCGUGACGCAGCAGAUGUCGUGUGUGGUGGCGGCGGCGGCGGUGCCGCUGCACCUGCAGGCGGGCCGCACGGGGCCGCGGCAGCUGCUGGCGGCAUGCGGCGUGCUGCUGCUGCUAGGAUACGCCACGUGCGCGGUGCUGGGCGGACAGCUGCUGGGCGGCUCGCUGGCGCGUGGAGUUCGCCAGUGUGUGCUGCUGGUGGGAGGCGUGUACGGGCUGUCUCCGCUGCUGCACUCGCUCACCGCCACUGUGAGCUCGGACUCGGUGGUGGCGCUGGCGGUGGGGCUGGCGGCGGCGCAUUUGGGGCUGUGUGACUACAGCUUCGUAAACAGCGUGACGGACAAGAUGACGGGUGCGUUGUCGCUGGCGGCGGCAGUGCUGGCGGCGGUGCUGGUGGCGGGGCGCAUGCGGACCGAGCUCGAGACGUUCGCGGUGGUGCUCCUGGCACUGGAGCUGUUCCUGCUGUCGCCCUUCGCCCGGCGCCACGUGCGGCGGGCCUCCGUGCCGGCGCACCUGGCGCUCACGGCUGUCAUGGCCGCGGCCGCCACGGCGCUGCUGUUCCCGGCGUCGCCGGCGGGCGCUGGCGCCUUCGCGGGCUCAGUACUGGUGGUGACGCUGGUGUGCCCGGCGGCGCUGGUGCGCGGCCACGUGUUCAAGGCGAAGAUCAGCGGCCCGUGGGACGAGGCGGCGCCGCACAUCCCGAGCGAGCUGAUGCCGCGCAGGACAGGCGCUGGUGGUGCUGCCGCUGCCGCGCCAGAGGCGAGCAGGACUUGACACGGCUGGGGGGCAAAUGGGCUGUAGCAGCGGCUGUGUGACGGCGGCCUGGGCAUUGUCAGAUGUAUGCGCCCGGAGCGUAGUUGAAGUUUCUCUGCAUUCAACAUAAACGUGUCAGACGCAUGGGACUGGGAAGUGUUUACUUGUUCGUGCACAUUUGUCAGUUGUCAGCCGGUGGGCGCUGCAUGAAUACCUUUGUGGUGACCAUGCACGUUUGCCGUGAGCUUGGGGCCUGCUUGCCUGGCUAACCUGGCUUGCGAACGUGCAUCAGUUAGUAAGGCAGAGCGGAGCGAAGCGGACCGAGGUGUGGGCGAAAGCCCACCCCCGCAACUAAAAGGGGAAAUACCCCGUGCCUUGUAAUGAGCCGUACAGGCCAUCUCAACUACAAAACCCUUGAGCUCAGUGUUGUGGCCAGUCAGUAGAUUAACGGCAGGGUGACAUGCGCGUUCUUCUCAGCCGCCGCCGCCAGGGCUGUUGCGGGCGCGGUGCCCAUGAACGUUAUUGACGUGUGUUGCGGAACUAAUGAACGUGUAGCAGUAAUGAUGCGAUGCUGUUGCUGUCAGGUGUUGUAGUUUACUUUCCCAGCGUCACCCUCUGAGCUUCAUACCAGCAAGCGCGGCACGCAUCUUUCCAGGCUUGUUUCUUGAUGGUGUGGCCUCUAGUAGGGAGGUUGCGUUUCGUGGGGUCAGUGCGGGUGUGGGGCGUCAGUGGUGUUUUGUGUUUGAAACCUGUAAGCGCCUGUGACG